AUGCUCAAAGAAUUGAACGAAGCAGGGAAGAGAAUAGGACUACGAAUAAACAGAAAGAAGACACAGUUCAUGAAGAACGCCUACUGCGAGGACGGAGGAGUACAACUUGAAGGCUCCCAAAUCGUGGAAACUUCGUCAUACGUAUACCUCGGACGUUCUAUGAACAUGGAAAACGACUUGAAGGAAGAACUGAAUAGAAGAAUGAGAGCAGCAUGGGCAGCAUUCGCAGCCGUCAGGGAAGGACCAACUGACGGACCAUGGUCUUCGUGCCCAUCUGUUCGACUCGACAGUCCUUCCAGCGCUCUGUUACGCAGCGGAGACGUGGGCAGACACCGCGGCCACGUCUAG